UGUAUCUGGGCAAGGGAAAGGACAACAGCCUGGCUACCCAGCAGGACACAAGCCAGGGUUCCACACAGUGUCCUCCGUCCACUGACUGAUUGCACGCAAGUCGCUCCGUCUGUGUCUUAUUCAUUCCCGGAGCCCCCGCAGAGAGGAAGCGUGGAUGAAGUCCGCCUGCAAACACGGUCCUCCGGCGGGAGCACGCGGCGCGCCCCCGUGCGCGGGCGCAGCCGAGCGCGCGGUCUCCUGCGCCGCCGGGCGGCUGGAAAGCGCAGCGCGCAGGCGCCUGGCGGCCAACGCGCGCGAGCGGCGCCGCAUGCAGGUGAACACCGCGUUCGACCGGCUGCGCAGGGUGGUGCCGCAGUGGGGCCAGGACAAGAAGCUGUCCAAGUACGAGACACUGCAGAUGGCGCUCAGCUACAUCGUGGCGCUCACCCGCAUCCUAGCCGAAGCCGAGCGGGACUGGGUGGGGCUGCGCUGCGAGCAGCGGGGCCGCGAUCACCCCUACCUCCCAUUCCCCGGUGCUAGGCUCCAGGUAGACCCUGAGCCCUACGGGCAGAAGUUCUUCGGUUUCCAGCCAGAGCCCUUCCCCAUGGCCAGCUAAGCCACAGGGCCAUUUGGGUCUUAGGGGAGAAAACUCGGUCACCUUUUAAUUUCCUUCCCCUUUCAGACAGGUGGAUGAAAUUAUUUCAUUGCCCCCCUCCCUCCAUUUUGUGUUUUAUAGGUUUCAUAGUGGACAUUGUGAAUGACUUUGGACUGCUGGGAAAAUAAUGCUCUAUCCCUUUUAGCCUAAGACACGGGGCUGGGGUCUAGCUGAGUUGGUAGAGGACUUGCCUUGCAUGUAUAAAAGCCGUGGCGUGGGGUCGAGCCCCAGCUGCCGGGUAGGCAGACCACGGCGAUGUAAUCCUAGCAUCAUUCAGGAGAUGGAGGAAUAUAUAUAUAAAAAGAGACCCUGUGUCAGGAA